AUGCGACCCCUUGCACGCGACGGCUUGCACGAGGCCGCUGCGGAAUUCAAAGAAAAGGGAACGACGGCGACGGCGGGCGACAGCGGGCGACAGCGGGCGACAGCGGGCGACAGCGGACGAGUCGGCUUCGGAGUCGUCGGGAUUAGGGCAACCCCCUCGCUCGCGUGCCUCGGCGACGAAAGCAAGCGAACGGUUAGCUCGUCGUUUCGGCGUCAUUCUAGCGUUCUCGGUGGCGGCCGCGAUGCCGCGAUAGAGAGCUCCCCGUGGCUUCCGAGCAACACGCCUCCCGGCAGCAUCUCAGCUUCCCAUCGGGCAAGCUCAUUGGCCACGAGCCUAUGGUAUCAUGUCGUGGCUUCUGACGCCAUCGCGGCGCGCAGCGCGGCGACGAGACGAUGCUCGUCGAUGCUCGUCCAGGUGCCUAUAUACGAGCGCGGGGACGCUGGCGAAGGCGUCCGAGUCGCUGCCGUCGUCGAAAUGUCCGUCGCCAAAGAAUUCCAGGCCGCCAACGAAUCGUACGUGGCAUCGUUUGCCAACGCUCACCUCCCGCUGCCACCGAGCCGCAAGGUUGCCGUCGUCACCUGCAUGGACGCCCGGCUCGAUCCCGCCAAGUCGCUGGGGCUCACCGAGGGCGACGCUCACGUAAUCCGCAACGCCGGAGGGCGGGCGGUGGACGCGCUGCGAUCCGUCAUCAUCUCGCAACAGCUGCUGGGCACGCGCGAGAUUGCCGUCAUCCAUCAUACCGACUGCGGCAUGCUCACCUUCAACGACAGCGACCUCAGAGGGAAGAUUAGAAGCGAUCUGGGGGAGAACGCGGACCACAUCGCAUUCCUGCCCUUUGACGAUCUCGAGGCAAGCGUCGCCGACGACGUCGCCGUGCUGAAGAACAGCCCCCUCGUCUUGGACGUGCCCAUCUCGGGCUACGUCUACGACGUCAAGACGGGCCGGAUCAACAAGGUCUAA